AUGACAGCCCGCUGGCCUGAGGCACUGUUCCACAACAUCCUUGAUGUGUGUGCUUACAACACAUAUAUGGUGUGGACAACCAUCGACCCAACCUGGAAUCAGGGGAAGAGUUUCAAGAGGAGACUUUUCUUAGCAAAGCUGGGGAAAAUUUUGUUGACACUUGCAGUCAAAAGGCACCUGGCCAAGAGGUCCUCUGAUUGUCCUGGAGGCUGGACUCUGUUGCGUGGUCGCUGCUUCCUCUAUGUUCCAGGACCCAUGACAUGGGCUAAAGCAGAGAAAAACUGCUUGUCCAUGGGGGCCAACCUUGCAUCUGUGCACAGCAUCACAGAGUACCAUGUGAUUCAGCACAUGAUAAUGACUGCCACUCACGGCAACCAAGAAACCUGGAUUGGAGGAAGUGAUGCACAGGAGGAGAAUGCCUGGUUAUGGACUGAUGGAACGGCUUUCCACUAUUCUAACUGGUGCCCAGGAGAGCCCAAUAAUGCCGGGCAGAACCAGCACUGUCUGCAAAUUAAUCAUAGCGGUUCCAAGUGCUGGGAUGAUAUAGGGUGUCAGGCACAUCAACCUUCUGUUUGUGUUAAGAAAAUAUGAAAUAUCUAUCAAAAUACACACUGUUUGGUGUGCAAUGACUUUUGUUUUUCAUUCUUCAUUUGGCUUUACAAUUUUUGUUUCAUCUUUUGUCUCUAGCAUAAAAGUUUAGCAACAAAAUAAAAAGUCUAUGUCAUGAAUAGUGGCACUCCCAACCCUAGUUCUAAACCGUAGCUUAAAUUUUCAACUAAAUUUUCAACUGUGGAAAAGUAUAAAAAGUAUUGCUCAUCUUUGCGCAUCUUUUUUCUGUAAACUCUUCUUCCUUUGCAAUAAUAAAACUCUCAAGCAUG